AUGGAGGAAAUCCACGUGUUCUGGCAGGGACCGGAGAGGCCGGCACCGCGUGAUCUCUCGGCACUCCUGUCGGUACGGCGCCGUGUUUUCGAGGCGGCGCUGGUGUGGCUGAAAAGGAAUAACCGGCUGUAUGCGAAGAUCCACAUUGAUACGGCAAAGAUGGACAGCUGGGAAAUGUCGCCGCACGGGGUACCCUGGCAGGUAUAUACGCGCUUGGAGCGGAACGAGCCGCCGGCGUCGAGCUGCCGUGGGAGUGGGACGAUUGGUGACCAUGUUACAAAAAAUUCUGGAAAAACCCCUCGGCGACAAAACUAG